CGCGCCUCCCCUCUGCCGGGGGCGGCCGCUCUCCCGGGCAGCCGCGCCGAUGUCUCCCAGAUGUGCCGGCGGCGCCUGUUCGGGAGCGCGGGGCCUCGCGGGCCCGAGCCUGCCUGCCUGCAGAAAAAGUUCAGUGGGAAAAAUCUACCAAAAAUUAAAGAAAACGUUGAAUAUACUGAAGAGAGCUCUUCAUGCAACCAAAGUAAUCAAGUGACUGGCAGAGGAACAACAGAUUUCAAGAUAAAAGAAAAGGAACCAGAAGAAAGAAGUGUCCCACUGAAGGAAUCCAAAAUAACCAACUUUGAAAGUAAAGGAUGUUUGAAAAAUGCUGAAGUGACGUCAAGUACAGAAAUUACUCUUCCCACAGGUGUUUCCACCUUUCUGAUAGAUUGUUUAGAUGAAGAUUCAGCUGCAGAUUAUAGCACUGCUAGCAACAGCCUGAAGACUUAUUCAUCCCCUGAAGCAUUCAGAGAUGACAGCCUGAAGACUUAUUCAUCCCCUGAAGCAUUCAGAGAUGAUGAUUUGGAAAGAGGCAAUUUUUACUCCAUGGACCUUGGCAAGUACAAGAACUCUACUCUCCUGGACUCCAGCAAAGCAGUGACCAUAGAUAAGAUACCACAGAUCUCAAAUCUUUCAGCAAUAUUAGAACCUGUACCAGAGGAUUUUCCAGACCGAUGUAUGCCAAGAAAGAGAUCAUCAAAUUGCUAUUACAGUUCUUCAGCAGGAAGCAUUUCAACUACACUGGCAGGAAAAAAACUCUGUAAAAUAACAGCUGCAAGAGAGAGAACUCCAGACCUAAAAAGUGGUAUGCACUGUUCUUCACCAUUAGGACCGGAAAGCAAGCAUGAUAAACAAACAGCUAAAGCCAAAAGGUGGAAGAAAGGAAAAAGUAGUUUUAAUUCCUUAGAAGAAGGUUCAUCAUUGUUUAGGCAGCUUGAUGCUCCAGAAGACACGUCAGUCAGAUCAAAGGGGUUGACAGCAGAAGUUCUGCCAACCAAAUGCACAGAUGCUGUGGAGCAAAUGACUUCCACCAUGCUAAUCAUGGAGGAAAACAAAGUCCUAAAAAAUCCUGGUAAUGCUCAGCCUCUAGAGCUAGAUUUUAGCUUGUCGCCGGUGUAUAAAGCCUCACCUGGGGAAGACCUGUUCCUGAAUACCACAGGUCCAUUUGUAAAUUCAGAAGAAAUUGGUCCUGUGUCUCUGAGCUCAGAAAAAGAAAUUAUUCCUCAAAGUCCAGAAGAAAAGAAUAUUUUAAAGCCUCUGUGUGACAGACAAGAAAUCUGCUCCAUUGUUAGAAUGUCACCAGGCCAGAGGCCUUCCCAGCUCCAGCAAGUUCCAAUUAACUGGAAAGAGUUCUGCCUUCCCAAAGGAGUGCCUGAAGAUACUAUUACAAGUACCAAAAAUUGGAUCUACUGUAAACAAAGAUGAGAUUUUUGGCUCUCAGCAGGAGUUCACAGAAGAAAUGACCAUCUUGCUGCUGUGGCAGGGUGGUAAAACAGAACUCCUAACUAGUGAAUAAUGGUUGUAUUUUUUUUUGUUAAUGUAUGUUGUUUGAAAUUUAGUAUUACAUGUUUCAGUAAGCUAGUAAAUACUCAAAUACUUUAUAUUAAAUUAUUUUGUACAGCAGCUAGAUCCUGUUCUGGGCAUUAUUCUGUAAGGAUUCCAUAAAGAUGAUUCUUCAGUUUGUUUAGAUUUUUAAAAAGUGUGACUGAAGACCAGCAGACCAAAUUGCUUUAAUAGAAUUCGUUUUGUCUCUCUCUCUGCCAAGAUUUCUCGUUUCCUCUAGUAGCAUUAGCAUCUACAGAUGUUAACUCUUUAAAUGUUAAUAUUGGUUAUGAAGGUAACUGCAUAUCCUGAAAUGCAGUUUCAGACCGUGAAAGCAUUCAUGUACUCUUGGGGACCCAGAAGUCAAUGUAUGUCACCAUUAAACUCCUUGAGUGCUUAGAUCUACAGAACUUUGGAGGUACAGAACUGUGUGUUCUGCUGUAAUUUGAUUUCUGAACAUGAAUGCAGGUCACCUUCACCCCAUCAUCACUCUGAAUUGGCUCCUAAUGAUCAGCACUGUCACCAUUCUGGGCACAUCCACUGCCCAGCCAUUGCCAUUUCAGACUCCUUCCUGUUUCAUCUCAGGUAUGUUGUAAUACCACAUCUCUUGGUCAUUAUUUCUUUUAGUGGCUUCAGACUUAGAUAAAGUAAAUGCCUUACAUGAAUGCCCACAAUGGUGGGAAAAACCCUUUUAUAGCUGAACUGUUUGAAGAGAUGGAUAUUGACAUUCUGGAAUUUCAGGUUACUGCUCACACUGUGUCUGCACAAGUCAAAUUCACAGAGCUUCCUGUUCAGCUCGUGGAUUGUUAAUUCAUAAAUGUUGUUCUUAAUGUGCUGAAUGUCUCAGAAAACAUUGUCAAGAACACAUUUUUUUCCACUAGAAUUCAUUGCACAUUAAAGUA